GCAAGAAACAAAUUCUCUCAUUAUCCCACAUUCUUCUGUCCUUUUUGCAGCAACCUUGCCAUGGCUACUGGCGAUUGCAACAAGGAGUUCUCCACCGACUACAUAUUGUUGGAACCGGAGAAACUGAAUUUCUAUGAACUCAUUCGCAUCUUGUUCCCGGGUGACAUAGAGAAGAGAAAAUUUGUAGACUGCCUAGAGGGAGCUGAGUCGAAUUUCGAGCGUAGAUGGAUCAUAUUCAUCUCCAUCUCGGCACAAAAGUUUCUGCAGUUUGUGGCAAAGCCAUUGUCAUGGUUUGGAUCAGCGUUUGAGACGGGGUUGAACCUUUCCUCCACUAAUGGCGGCUUUGGCAUGCUCUUGCUCAAUUGCUUAAGAGGGAAUAUCCAGUGGCCGGACAAAACAUCGCCGACUUUCUCAUCGUUCAAUGGACAUUUAGACAAGCGAGUGGAGUUAGAUGAAAGCAUCAAACCAGGAGAUAGCAAAUAUUAUGCAGCACUUACUAUGAUGUCUUCUAAGAUAUCUUAUGAAAACAAAGCCUUUAUCAAAACUACAGUGGAAGAUGAAUGGAAGAUGGAAUUUUUGGGAUCUUUUGAUUUCUGGAAUGAUUAUCAAGAUAAAGCUACGACACAAGCAUUCAUACUUCAUGAUAAAACUGUCGACAGCGAUACAAUUAUUGUAACCUUCAGAGGUACUGAAACAUUCGAUGCAGAUGCAUGGUGUACCGACUUUGAUAUCUCUUGGUAUGAAAUCCCGGGUGUGGGAAAGAUUCAUGGGGGAUUUAUGAAAGCUCUAGGCCUACAAAAAAACCUAGGUUGGCCUAAGGAAAUUGAACAGGAUGAUAGUCACUCGCCGGUGGCUUACUAUGCCAUUAGGGAAAUGCUGAGGGAACGCCUGCAGGCAAACGAUCAAACAAAAUUUUUAGUGACUGGUCACAGCUUAGGGGCGGCACUGGCAAUCCUCUUUCCGGCAAUUUUGGCAUUGCACGAGGAGACAUGGAUGUUGGAGAGACUGCGGGGCGUUUAUACAUUUGGACAACCCCGGGUUGGCGAUCCGAAGUUUGGGGAGUUCACGACAGAGCAGCUGAAAGAGCACAAUAUUCCAUAUUUCAGGUUUGUUUAUGGUAACGAUUUGGUGCCUAGGUUGCCCUACGAUAACAAGGCGCUUAUGUUCAAGCACUUUGGAACAUGCCUCUACUAUAACAGCUUCUACGAAGGAAAGAUUGUUGCAGAAGAACCAAACAAGAACUACUUCUCUCCAUUGAUGGCCAUACCCAAGACCAUGAAUGCCGUGUGGGAGUUGAUAAGAAGCUUCAUUAUUGGCCACUCAAAAGGAAAGGACUAUACAGAAGGAUGGUUCCUCAGAGCCUUUAGGGUGUUGGGACUCAUAGUCCCAGGUGUAUCAGCUCAUGGACCCCAAGAUUAUGUCAAUGCUACUCGCUUGGGAUCCUCAGCUUUAUUCCUUCCACACCAAAUCCCAACAGAGUAACAAUGUCCCCGAGUCUCUACUCGGCUCAGAAAAACAAGUUAAUUAGUGUACGUAGUUAAUUCGGAGCAAUUUCAAUUUCAAUUAAUGAAAAAUGAUAUUGUUAUUCAAGUUGAGUUCA